CUCUGCCUCGUUCUGGUCAGCUGAUGCUCUCGCGACGCAGUGAGUUUACAACCCAGAAGACUUUAAACGCUAAUAUUCUAUCCAUAGUGCAGUGGGUAGAAAGCAGGGCAUUAUGGGGGAGCUGUUUCGCAGUGAGGAGAUGACCCUGGCCCAGCUCUUCCUUCAGUCUGAGUCAGCCUACUGCUGUGUCAGUGAACUGGGGGAGAUCGGCAUGGUGCAGUUCAGAGAUUUGAACCCAGAUGUGAACGUUUUUCAGAGGAAGUUUGUAAAUGAAGUCCGUCGCUGUGAAGAGAUGGACCGCAAACUAAGAUUUGUUGAAAAGGAGAUUAAAAAGGCUAACAUACCUAUAUUAGACACAGGGGAGAACCCAGAGGUCCCCUUUCCACGAGACAUGAUUGACUUGGAGGCCACCUUUGAAAAGCUAGAGAAUGAGAUGAGGGAGAUCAACACCAACCAGGAAGCCCUGAAGAAGAACUUCCUGGAAUUGACGGAGCUCAAGCACAUCCUCAGACGGACACAGCAGUUCUUUAAUGAGAUUGAAAGGCCAUUCUCUGAAUUCCUCGUCACAUCCCCGCCGAUGAUGGUGAUGUCGAACUGCCCUUCCCAAGACCAGUUCAGCAAGAUGGAAGAUCCUUCACUUUUAGAAGAAGCAUCAAAUUUAUUGGACCCAAAUGAGGUUGGACGUGUUGCUCCUCUUAGGCUUGGGUUUGUUGCGGGUGUGAUAGGCAGAGAAAGAAUUCCCACCUUUGAAAGGAUGCUGUGGAGAGUUUGCCGUGGCAACGUCUUCCUCCGGCAGGCAGACAUUGAUGACUCACUCGAGGACCCCACCACAGGCGACCGUGUGCACAAGUCUGUGUUCAUAAUUUUCUUUCAGGGCGACCAACUAAAGAACAGAGUGAAGAAGAUUUGUGAAGGGUUUCGGGCUUCUCUGUACCCCUGUCCUGAGACACCUCAAGAGAGAAAGGAUAUGGCAGCCGGUGUGAACACUCGAAUUGACGAUCUCCAGAUGGUGUUAAAUCAGACUGAGGAUCACGGGCAACGAGUGCUGCAGGCGGCUGCUAAGACUCUUCGUGUUUGGUUCAUCAAAGUGAGGAAGAUGAAGGCCAUUUAUCACACUCUGAACCUCUGCAACAUUGAUGUGACACAGAAGUGUCUGAUUGCUGAGAUAUGGUGCCCUGUGUCUGAUCUAGACUCCAUUCAGUUUGCACUUCGCCGGGGCACGGAAAAAAGUGGAUCCACUGUUCCAUCCAUCCUGAACAGAAUGCAAACCAAACAGACGCCACCCACCUACAACAAGACCAAUAAGUUCACCUCUGGCUUUCAAAGCAUCGUUGAUGCCUAUGGCAUCGGCAACUACCGGGAGAUCAACCCAGCUCCAUACACCAUCAUCACCUUCCCCUUCCUGUUCGCGGUUAUGUUUGGUGAUCUGGGCCACGGUCUCCUCAUGGUCUGUGCUGCACUCUAUCUCGUACUGCGAGAGAGACGACUAAUUGCCCAGAAAAAUGAAAAUGAGAUGUUUCAAAUGGUGUUUGCGGGCCGGUACAUUAUUCUCCUGAUGGGAUUGUUUUCUGUGUAUACUGGAAUCAUCUACAACGACUGUUUCUCCAAAUCUCUCAAUGUCUUCGGCUCAGGCUGGAGCGUCAGGCCCAUGUUUACAGGAGACAACUGGACGUUUAAGACUUUAGAAGACAACAGGAUACUACAGCUGGACCCGGCUGUGCCAGGAGUGUUUGGUGGACCCUAUCCUAUCGGCAUUGACCCAAUUUGGAACAUUGCCACCAACAAGCUGACGUUUCUGAACUCCUUCAAGAUGAAGAUGUCCAUCAUUCUGGGAGUCAUUCAUAUGCUGUUUGGAGUUACUCUCAGUCUCUUCAAUCACAUGUACUUUAAGAAAAAUCUGAACAUCUUUCUGGGCUUUAUUCCUGAGAUCAUCUUCAUGAGCUCUCUGUUUGGAUACCUAGUAUUGAUCGUCUUCUACAAGUGGACAGCUUACGAUGCCAAGACCUCAAAAGACGCCCCCAGUCUGCUUAUAGCCUUCAUCAACAUGUUCCUCUUCAACUACAACGAUCCCACCAACAAACCUUUAUACACGGGACAGAUGGUAAUUCAAUCUCUGUUAGUUGUCAUAGCUCUCGCCUGUGUGCCGUGCAUGCUCAUAGUAAAGACGCUAGUUAUGCGGAGGCAGCAUCUCUGGAGAAGAAACCUGGGAACACAUAACUUUGGGGGAAUCCGUGUGGGUAAUGGCCCUACGGACGAUGAAGCCGGGAUUAUCCAACAUGACCAGUUGGCCCAAAACACAGAAGAAGAGCCUGAGCAAUCCGAAGAGGAAGUGUUUAAUUUUGCAGAUGAAGCGGUGCAUCAAGCCAUUCACACUAUUGAAUUCUGCCUGGGCUGUAUUUCAAACACUGCAUCUUAUCUACGGCUCUGGGCGCUGAGUCUGGCCCACGCCCAGCUCUCUGAGGUCUUGUGGUCCAUGGUGAUGCACAUCGGCUUGUCCUCUGGGAAUUUUGCCGGAUUCAUUGUUCUGUCGUUCAUCUUUGCCGCUUUUGCUUCACUGACCGUGUUUAUUCUGUUGAUUAUGGAAGGAUUGUCGGCCUUCUUACACGCUCUUAGAUUGCACUGGGUGGAGUUCCAGAAUAAGUUUUACACUGGACAGGGUUUCAUGUUUAUGCCCUUCACUUUUGACAACAUACUGGAGGGCAAGUUUGAUGACUAAAUCACACCCACUUUCUCUUCGAGCUUCAACACCUCCAAACUAACAGAGCCGAUCGAAAUAAAAGCCAGAUUUUAUCAUUACUGUGAAGGCUCAAAAUUUCUCAGGUGUUUUACAUCAGGAUGUAAAUGGAAUAAUUUACAGGUAAACUACAUUUGAAUGAUAGAAGCUGAGUUAGGAUUGCAGAGCAUAUUUGUAUAACUUUAUAACACAUGAUUUCAUAACUCCCAAGUUCCUUCAUAUAUGCUCCUCGACAGAAUAUAUGUUUUUGCAUAAAUUAUAAUGAUGCAGAUCUAUGUAAUGCUUCAGAAAUAUUUGUACAUUUGCUUAAAUAAUAUAAUGACAUUAUAGCAUUAUCCACAUUUCCUUUCCAUCACAGCAUCAGUGAUGUAUGUGUCUGUUUCUGAUUGCGUUUUUCCCAGUCUCUUAAGUUAUUAGUGUUUUGUUUUUUAUACAUAUUUUAUCCUUUAUGUUGUACCUGAACACAUCCUAACAACAGAUUGUACACUCUAAAAAAAUGCUGGGUUAUUAUUAACCCAGCGUUGGGUCAAAAAGGGACGUGCCGGCCCCCUAUGUUAUAAUUUAACUCAAGCUGAGUUGUUUCAACCCAAAAUGCUGCCCAUUGUUAGGUCAAAUAUAAAUAUAUUCUGGUUUAAUAUAAUACAACAGUUAACCUUUUUCACCCAAUGCUGGCUUGAAAAUAACCCAGCCUUUUUAAAAGUGUAUUGCCACUUAAAUCAAGCACUUUUUGAGUUCCUGUCAUACACAGUUGAUUAUGACAUCAUCUCGCAUAUCCUAACAAACAAUCCAGAUAAUCUUAACAAAUGAACCUGAUUUACCACAGAUAUCUCAUUUCGCAUCAUUUCUCGCAAACCAUCACACACAAAAAUCUUGCUGUAAGUUUAAGUUAAUGUUGAAUUGUAUUCUUGUUAGUUUCUGUAUUUUUCAAUUGCCUUUGGACAACAGUCUAAAUUCAUCUUUAUAUUAAUCCGUUCACUGUAGUGUUAAGUUUUGUGUUUGUUUGUUUAGUUGUUGCCUGUAAAUGAGUUUACAACAUGCACUGGCUCCUAAAGAUGUGUUGAUGUGCUAGAUAUCAAAUGUGGUCCACUUUGAUAAAUUUAUCAAGUUGAAACUGUACCAAGUAGAAUCAGUCAGUGAAGCUAAACGAUUGUCUGUUUUGUUUGUGAAUAAAGAGAAAGUGGUGGGUCUGAACAUGUGA